GGCCAGAACGUGCCAUUGAGAGCCCAUCCCCUCAGGCCACCUUCCCUUGCUUGGAAUGGCCGCUUCUGCCCUUCGGGGUCAACCUUGAAGAACCACCUACUGAUCCGAGUCUGCCUGGCACAAGCUCCCUUUCCAUCACAUCCCGAGUGCCCGGCUGUCUCCAUGGUCAUGGGAGGACCUCUCAGCAGAGGGCCUGGGAAUCGGGACUGUUGCCAUAGCGGUUAAGGGGCAGAUAAGAGCGCGAGUCGCAGAGGCGAGCCUGUCUCAUUUGGCCCAGUGGCAGACGUCCUUCCUACGCAUUCCCUUGGCCUGCUCCAGAGACCAAGUUCCAGGAAAGCCCCACAGGGAGCCCACUGGCCUUUUUGCCUGACAUGGGAGGCAUCUUCUCCACACCCUGCUCAUCUCCCCAUUGCUACCCAAUUCCCUUUGCUGAGAAGCACUGGGUGUCCCAUCGCUGGCUGCUCACAGCACAACGAAGGGCCCCAGAGCCCUCCUAGGCCCUCCCCAGCAAGGCCACCGCGCUUCAUCGGACAGAUUUCUGUGGAGACGUGUGCCCGGGAAUGCCCACCACAUAGCGGCUCCCUCCAGUCCUGCUAUGCAUCGCACUGUGCCUCACCUCCCUGGAGUCUGAAAAGCCCCACGGGACCUCCCUGCCCACAGGAACUGGCUCCCAUUCAGACAAGAGCACCCGAUCACACACACGCGGAGCCCCUCUGCCCCCAGAGCCGCGGCACCACCAUGGACGCUCCUUGCAGGCGACGGGCUCCAGUUGCCUUUUGCCUGCUGGCCCCUUUUUCCCCUGCACCAAAGCCCAACCCACUGACUUCCUUUCAGCCUCACAUUUGGCAUCAGUGACCCAAUAGAACCCAAGAAAGGAUACAGACCCAUUGCCUCAGAACCCUAGCACGCCCAUCCCCAAAUACACACACACACACACGCACUGACAAGACUCAUAAACACACAGAAGCCAGCAGCAGCACACUCACACUCACACAGCUAGAGGUGUUUGUGGACCGAUGGCUGUCACCAGGGCUAUGUCACCAUCCCCUAAUGAUCGGCUUCUGAGGGAAGCGGCCACAAACAACAACAGGGAAGAAGGUCCUGUCUUCCCUUGGGCCAUCCUCCCGGCAGGAGGGAUAUAAAAGCCCACCAGGCUAGGGCACCUUCACACACAGCCCCACAGCUUCACUCACACUCACACUCACACCCACAUCCCCACACCCACACCCACACCCACAGGUACAGACACCAGCCCCAACCCGGUGAGGCUCCAGCACCUCCCUGCGUCAGGCACUCGGCCCCUCACUGACACCCGUUUCCCAGUCUUUGCUGCCCAAGGCACCCCAUCCAGCUGCUCCCACCAUGGCAGACACCUGUUUUUCCGGGCCUUGUGUUCCCACGGCCUCGGCCGUCUCGGUCUGCUCCAGUGACGUGAGCUGCGGCAGCAACAGAGUCUGCUUGCCCAGUUCUUGCACCGGCUCUUCCUGGCAGCUGGACGACUGCCCAGAGAGCUGUUGUGAACCCAGCUGCUGCGGCCCCAGCUGCUGCGCCCCCCCUUGCUGCCCAGCCCCAUGCUGCACGCCGGCCCCCUGCCUGACCCUCGUGUGCCGGCCGGUCUGCUGCGUGCCCGCCACCUGCCAGGCGGCGUGUGAACCUGGCCCCUGCCAGGCUGUCUGCACCUCCUGCUGCUCGCCGUCCUGCUGCCAGCAGUCUUCCUGCCAGCCCACUGGCUGCGGGUCUUCCUGUGGCCAGCAGUCCUGCUGCCCAGACCCUUGCUGCGCUGCCUCUCCCUGCACGGUGCAGUCCUGCUGCUGCGUCCCCAUGUGCUGCAAGCCCAGCUGCUGCAUCGCCCUGCCCGUGUGCUGCAAGCCCAGCUGCUGUGUGACCACAGCCUGUUGCCCCACCUCCUGCUGCUGCCAGCCCAGCUGCUGCCGCCCGGCCUCCUGCGUGUCCCUCGUCUGCCGGCCCGUGUGCAGCCCGGCCUCCUGCUGUGUGCCUGUCUCCUGCAAACCCUCUUGCUGCGCCCCCACGUCCUCCUGCUCUUGCUGCUGCGCACCCUCCUGCUGUCCAGCCACCACCUGCUGCCGCCCCGCCUCCUGCGUGUCCCUCGUCUGCCGGCCCACCUUCUGCAAGCCCGCCUGCUGCGCUCCCAGCUGCGGCCAGAAGUCUUGCUGCUGACCACAGGCUGCUGCUCUCUGUCCCCCUGGCUGACGCCCUCUGUCUCUCCCCCGCCCCGGGAGCCACUUCUGCUGGUCUCCUGGAUCCCUCCCCGGGCAUCAGCCUCAGUAACUGACCGGCCACCGCCCGCCACCCUGCCUUGCAGAGACCUCAGAGGUGCCGAAGUGCAGGAAACAGCUCCGCCAUCCGAACCCCUGUGGGUCUCUUCCAAACCAUGGCUGCCCCAGCCUCGGCCCCUGCUUGGCGUGCACCCGGGCCCACUGCUUGCAGCCCCCGGGCAGGCUCUCUCUAAUGUCAAAGUGCAAGAGGAUGGCCUUGGUCAUGGCCAGCCCUACUAAUAAACAGCAUCAACUCAC